CUGGCUGCGCUAUCUCUAAGGCGGCGGGCGGAGGGCAGGGGCUGUGGGGUGACAGGUCAGCCUAAGAUCACGAGCGCUCCAGGGCCGGAGCUAAGAAAGAUAGGGCAGGGGUGUUGGGGGUGCAGAGUUCAUCAGGGAUCCGUGAGAUCGAGGGUCGGUGCCCGCCACCCCGCCGCGCAUGGGCUUCCCCCGCCUGUGGGCUACACUGCUGAGAGCCUGGGGACGGUGGACGGCGCGCCCUGGCCCGCGCGUGCCCGGCCUGCCCCCUAUGGCUGGAAACAAGGUGCCACCAGCGCUGGCUUCACACCAACAAGACAGGAAGGUCCGAGGUGGCUGGGUCUGGGAAGACACGCAGCAUCCUCCCAAGAGGGCCAAGGGCAGUGAGGAUGAAGAGCCUCCACGAAAGCUGCCAAAGCGCAAAAUUGUGCUGCUCAUGGCCUACUCCGGCAAGGGCUACCACGGCAUGCAGAGGAAUCUGGGGUCGUCUCAGUUCAGGACCAUUGAAGAUGAUUUGGUAUCUGCCCUAGUCCAGGCAGGUUGUAUCCCUGAAAACCAUGGGACAGACAUGAGGAAGAUGUCCUUCCAGCGAUGUGCUCGCACAGACAAGGGUGUGUCUGCAGCUGGGCAGGUAGUAUCCCUAAAGGUGUGGUUAAUUGACAACAUUCUGGACAAGAUCAAUAGCCACCUUCCAUCCCACAUUCGGAUUCUGGGAUUGAAGAGGGUCACGGGCGGGUUCAACUCCAAGAAUAAGUGUGAUGCCAGGACCUACUGCUACAUGCUGCCCACCUUUGCCUUCGCUCACAAAGACCGGGAUGUACAAGAUGAGAGUUAUCGCUUGAGCGCAGAGACCCUGCAGCAGGUCAACCGGCUUCUGGCCUGCUACAAGGGCACCCACAGCUUCCACAACUUCACUUCACAGAAAGGGCCAAGAGAGCCCAGUGCACGCCGCUACAUUCUGGAGAUGUACUGUGAGGAGCCCUUUGUACGAGAGGGCCUGGAAUUUGCUGUGAUCAAGGUGAAGGGCCAGAGCUUCAUGAUGCACCAGAUCCGGAAGAUGGUUGGCUUGGUGGUAGCCAUUGUGAAGGGCUAUGCCCCUGAGAGUGUGCUGGAGCGCAGCUGGGGUGAGGAGAAGGUGGAUGUGCCCAAGGCACCAGGGCUUGGUUUAGUCCUGGAGAGGGUGCACUUUGAGAAGUACAAUCAGCGCUUUGGCAGCGAUGGGCUGCAUGAACCCCUGGACUGGACACAGGAGGAAGGAAAGGUGGCUGCUUUCAAGGAGCAAUACAUCUAUCCUACGAUUGUCAGCACUGAGCGGGAUGAGCGGUCCAUGGCCCAGUGGCUUAGUACUCUCCCUAUUCACAACUUCAGUGCCACUGCACUUGGAGCAUCUGGUACAGGUGCCAAGGUCCCCAGUUCCCUGGAGGGCAGCGAAGGGGAUGGAGACACUCACUGAAACUACAGCUGCUGCCACUGCUGUGAGGGUUGAGGCUGGAGUCUCUGCACUUGCCUGUCUCUCAGGACAUGGAAGCCAAGAAUUCUGGGGCCAGCUUGUGGAUUUAGCCUGGCUUCAUGACCUCAGGAUAUUAAAUUCCCAUUUAGGAAUCAGCUCCCUCUUAGCCCAUGCGUUGUGUAUAUACACCUUAGCAUGAAAGGACACUUUUUAAAAAAAAAAAAUGAUUUUUUUCCU